CAAAAAUAACAACAUGGCGGAUCAGGUUGAAGAAAGUAGCUCUUUUCAUGAAAUGGGUUUAGACGAUCGAUUGGUCAAGGCGAUUGCCAAGCUAAAUUGGUCACAACCUUCACUGAUCCAGGAGAAGGCCAUCCCUUUGGCCUUGGAAGGCAAGGAUAUUUUAGCGAGAGCCAUGACCGGGUCAGGAAAAACGGCAGCAUAUGCAAUACCAGUUAUACAGAGAAUCCUACAAGAUAAACAGGCAAAUUCAUCAAAUAGUGGUAUAAGAUCUGUUGUACUAGUACCCACCAAAGAACUUGCAAAGCAAGCUCAUCAGAACAUUAAGGAAUUAUCCUGUUACUGUUCUCGUGAUAUCAAAGUUGCAGAUGUUGCACAAGGAAAUCUCAUUAGUACCAAGUCACUUUUGAUGGAGUGUCCAGAUAUAGUGGUUGCAACACCAAGUGUGCUACUAGGUCAUGUUCAAGCCAAAAAUAUUGACCUUAAAGCCAGGCUACAGAUGUUAAUUAUUGAUGAAGCUGACCUUGUGUUCUCAUAUGGCUAUGAACAUGAUCUCAAAUCUCUACUGAGCCAUUUUCCAAAGAUUUAUCAAUCAUUCUUAAUGUCUGCAACUUUAAGUGAGGAUGUUACUGCAUUGAAGAAGCUUGUCCUUCACAAUCCGGUCAUUCUCAAGCUUCAAGAGUCACAACUUCCGUCAGAUGACAAACUUACCCAGUAUUUUAUAAAAUGUGAAAUGGAGGAAAAAUUCCUCUUGAUAUAUACCCUCCUCAAAUUAAGGCUUGUUCAAGGGAAGACAAUUCUGUUUGUUAAUGGUAUUGACAGAUGUUACAGACUUAAACUAUUUCUUGAACAGUUUUCAAUCAAAGCCUGUGUUUUAAAUUCUGAAUUACCUCAUAAUUCAAGAUUACAUAUAGUAGAGGAGUUCAACAGAGACAUUUAUGACUACAUCAUUGCAUCUGACGAAAGUGUGUUUGAUGCUGUUGCUACACCAUCUGCAAAUGUUAAGAAAAAGAAAAGAAAGAAGGACAAAGAGUAUGGCGUGUCUCGAGGAGUGGAUUUUCAAGGAGUUGAAAAUGUGAUAAAUUUUGACUUCCCUACAGCUGUUGAUGCCUACAUUCACAGAGUAGGAAGGACGGCCCGUGGUGACAAUGACGGUACUGCGUUGUCCUUUGUGACAGCAAAUGAUUAUAAAAUGCUGAAAAAGGCCGAAGAGGAACUUACGAAGGAGUUAAUAGGAGAGAAAAAAGAAAUUUUUAAACCUUAUCAGUUUAAAAUGGAGGAGAUCGAGGGGUUCAGGUAUCGUGCACAGGACGCACUGAGGGCAGUCACAAAAUCAGCAGUUAAAGAAGCGCGUCUCAAAGAAAUCAAGUCCGAGAUACUGAAUUCUGAAAAACUGAAGGCAUAUUUCGAAGAAAAUCCCAGAGAUCUUCAAGUGCUCAGACAUGACAAAGAUCUACAUCCCACAAGAAUUCAACCUCAUUUGAAAAACGUUCCCGAAUACCUCGUUCCUCCCACUCUGCGGCCAUCCAUGGCCAAAUCUUCCCGAAAGAGAAGACGUCCUUUCAUAUCAUCACAAAAAAAUGCUCACACCGCACACAGCAAGGGACACGGCAAGGGUAAGAGAGGAUAGGCAGUCAUCGCUGGACCUCUUCUUUACUUAGAGAGCAGAUUCCCAUGAAGCCCGGGUAGAUUGUUGUUAGCUCCUCGUGGAGCACAGCGCUCAGAUUGAUUGAGAGAAAGAAAGAGCCAUGGAGUACAAAAUAAUGGAACUGUCGUCUUCCACAAUAUGAACAACAAACUGAUACAGUUUUGAGGAAAUGCGUCGUCUUGGAAGUCUGCCUGUGUGUGCAGAUUUGUCUUUAUGCCUGGCAAAAUACAAUUUUUUUGCAACACAUAUCAAUUUAUUCGUGUGGGAACAGAAGUAUUGAUACAGAAAGAGUCUUGUCGGAGACUUGCCUUUGGGCGAUCAACUCCGACUAUACAUCCUUAAUAUGAGAGCGUUUUACUAAUAAUGGAACAAAAAAACUGGAACAUUUUUGAGGACUUCCUAUCGCGAACUAUUGCUGUCUUAUUACUGAGCAGUGUUUCGUGGAAAUGUGCAACCAGAACAUGCUGUCUCUUUGAAAUAAAUUAUAUGAAUUGAAUCAAA